GAGUCAGGCGGUGCGGGCCCGCGGCCAGGCGGGGGGCAGCAGCCUGGCGAGGGGGCGAUAGGCUCGUGGCCUGUUGCCCUGGGAGUCGGAGCCCAGGCAGCGUUGCUUCGGUUUUCCUCAGACCAGUUAGGAAUCUGAAGUAAACAAGAAAGUAUGAUGUCUUCAGCGUGGUCUGAAUAUACCAUUGGUGGGGUGAAGAUUAGCUUUCCUUGUAAAGCUUAUCCAUCCCAGCUUGCUAUGAUGAAUUCUAUUGUCAGAGGAUUAAACAGUAAGCAACAUUGUUUGUUGGAAAGCCCUACAGGAAGUGGGAAAAGCUUAGCCUUACUUUGUUCUGCUUUAGCAUGGCAACAAUCUCUUAGUGGAAAGCCAAUGGAUGAAAGCUUAAGUAAAAAAGCUGAAGUAUCAUUGUCAUGUUGUUGUACAUGCCAUUCAAAGAAUUUUACAAACGAUGACAUGAACCAAGGAACUUCACAUCAUUUCAAUAGUCCAAGUACACCACCUUCUGAAAGAAAUGGCACUUCAUCACCUUGUCAAGACUCGCCUGAAAAAACUACGCUGGCUGCAAAAUUAUCUGCCAAGAAACAGGCAUCCCUAUACAGAGAUGAAAAUGAUGAUUUUCAAGUAGAGAAGAAAAGAAUUCGAUCCUUAGAAACUACACAGCAGAUUAGAAAACGGCAUUGUUUUGAAAAGGAAGUACACCAUUUUGAUACAAAAGUUGCUUCAGGAAAGACCACAAAACUCAACUCUCCAUUAAGAAAGAUAAACUCCUUUUCUCCACAAAAUUUCUUCCAGCACCCUUUGUUGAAGAAACGAAUUUUGCUCCAUUUUAUUGCCUUUGCUCCUUUAUUCAAGCCCUCUGGUCACUGUGCUAGGUGCUGUUGUUCUACUAAACAAGGAAACAGUCAAGAUUCUUCAAAUGCCACUAAGAAGGAUCAUGGGGGGAAAUCCAAGAUACCAAAAAUAUAUUUUGGAACACGUACACACAAGCAGAUUGCUCAAAUUACUAGAGAACUCCGGAGGACAGCGUACUCAAGGGUCCCAAUGACUAUUCUUUCCAGCAGGGAUCAUACUUGUGUCCAUCCUGAAGUAGUAGGUAACUUCAACAGAAAUGAAAAGUGCAUGGAAUUGCUGGAUGGAAAAAAUGGCAAAUCCUGCUAUUUUUAUCAUGGUGUUCAUAAAAUUAGUGGUCAACACACAUUCCAGACUCUCCAAGGGAUGUGCAAGGCCUGGGACAUAGAAGAACUCGUUAGCUUGGGGAAAAAAUUAAAGGCAUGUCCAUAUUACACAGCACGAGAACUAAUAGAAGACGCUGACAUAAUAUUUUGUCCCUACAACUAUCUUCUAGAUGCACAAAUAAGGGAAAGUAUGGAUAUCAAUCUGAAAGAACAGGUUGUCAUUUUAGAUGAAGCUCAUAACAUUGAGGACUGUGCUCGGGAAUCAGCAAGUUAUAGUAUAACGGAAGUUCAGCUUCGGUUUGCUCGAGAUGAACUAGAUAGCAUGGUCAACAAUAACAUAAGGAAGAAAGACCAUGAACCCUUACAAGCUGUGUGCUGCAGUCUCAUUAAUUGGUUAGAAGCAAACUCUGAACAUCUUGUGGAACGGGAUUAUGAAUCAUCCUGUAAAAUAUGGAGUGGAAGUGAAAUGCUCUUAAAUUUCCACAAAAUGGGCAUCACCACUGCUACUUUUCCCAUUUUGCAGGGACAUUUUUCUGCUGUCCUUCAAAAAGAAGAAAAAAUGUUAAUGGUUCAUGGUAAAGAGGAGACAAGAGAAGUACCUGUUAUUAGUGCUUCAACUCAAAUAAUGCUCAAAGGACUUUUUAUGGUGCUUGACUAUCUUUUUAGGCAAAAUAGCAGGUUUGCAGAUGAUUAUAAAGUUGCUAUUCAACAGACUUAUUCUUGGAUAAAUCAGACUGAUAUUUCUGAUAAAAAUGGGUUCUUUGUUCCACCAAAAAAUAAGAAACGUUCACGACAGAAAACUGCAGUUCAUGUGCUAAACUUCUGGUGCUUAAAUCCAGCUGUGGCCUUUUCAGAUAUUAAUGGCAAAGUGUGGACGAUUGUUUUGACAUCUGGGACGUUAUCACCAAUGAAAUCCUUUUCAUCAGAACUGGGUGUUACAUUUACUAUCCAACUGGAAGCUAAUCAUGUCAUUAAUAACUCACAGGUUUGGGUUGGCACCAUUGGGUCAGGACCCAAGGGUCGGAAUCUCUGUGCUACCUUCCAGCACACAGAAACAUUUGAGUUCCAGGAUGAAGUGGGAGCACUUUUGUUAUCUGUGUGCCAGAUUGUUGGCCAAGGAAUUUUGUGUUUCUUGCCAUCUUACAAGUUAUUAGAAAAGUUAAAAGAACGUUGGCUCUCUACUGGUUUAUGGCAUAAUCUGGAGUUGGUGAAGACCGUCAUUGUAGAACCACAGGGAGGAGAAAAAACUGAUUUUGAUGAGUUACUACAGGUGUACUAUGAUGCGAUCAAGUGCAAAGGAGAGAAAGAUGGAGCCCUCCUGGUAGCAGUUUGUCGUGGUAAAGUGAGUGAGGGUCUGGAUUUCUCAGAUGACAAUGCCCGUGCUGUCAUAACAAUUGGAAUUCCUUUUCCAAAUGUGAAAGAUCUUCAGGUUGAACUAAAGCGCCAAUAUAAUGACCAGCAUUCAAAAUUGAGAGGUCUUUUACCUGGUCGUCAAUGGUAUGAAAUUCAAGCAUACAGGGCCUUAAAUCAGGCCCUCGGUAGAUGUAUUCGACACAAAAAUGAUUGGGGAGCUCUUAUUUUAGUGGAUGACCGCUUCAGGAGUAACCCAAGUCGAUAUAUAUCUGGACUUUCUAAAUGGGUACGGCAGCAGAUUCAGCACCAUUCAACCUUUGAAAGUGCCCUGGAAUCUUUGGCUGAAUUUUCCAAAAAGCACCAAAAGUUCAUUGAUGUAUCCAAAGAGGACAGAAAGUCCAUACAGGACAGUCAGUCUACACUUGAAGUGGCUUGUUUGAAGGACAAUACCUCACCUUACUUUUUAGAAGCAGCAAAUCAUCUAUUACCAGAAAAUCCUAGGGAAGAUGAUCCAGAAUUAUUGGAAGAGUCUGGCCAGCCAAUGGAAGCAGAAAACAUUGGGAUUUCCAGAUCCACAAGCCCAACCUUCAGCAAACAAACAAAUAGAGUUAGCUGGUCUAGUUCUAAUUCUUUGGGACAGUGUUUUUCUAGUAAAAUUCUGACUACAACACCUAAGUUUAGGUCAUCAGAGGACUGUGCCUCUAGUUCUUCCACUUUCAAAACAGAAAAGGAUUGUGAAACUGUUUUGCCACUCACUGAUAAAUUUGAGUCCUCAUCUCUCACAUCAUUUGAACCAUGCCCUCAGUCAGAAACUGUUAUUCCAUCAAUAAAGAUUGAGGCUGCUCUUCUUAAAAAAGAUCAUUCCGAACAGCUACUCUGCUGUAAAGAAGCUCUGGAUCCAGACCUUGAAUUAUCUCUAGUGAGUGAAGAAGAUAAACUUUCUACUUCAAAUAGAGCUUUUGAAACAGAAGCAGAAGAUGAAUCUAUCUAUUUUACACCUGAACUUUAUGAUCCUGUAGAUACAAAUGAAGAAAAAAAUGAACUAGUUGAAACUGAUAGAGACAAUAGAUUGGCCAAUAAUUCAAAUUGUAUUUUAGCUGAAGAUCUUUUUGAAACUAGGACUACAAAAGAAGUAGAUUCAGUCAGGAAAAUGAAAGUUGAGGAUUGCCCAGACACAAAGUUAAAUAGACUCAUGCAUAUUGAAGAAAGUGAAGUUGAUGAUAUUGGUAAUAAUAUAAAAGCAACUCAUAUAAAUGAAUUGGAACUGGGGAAAACUCAUGAAAUGGAUAUAAAGGACUUUAAACAGUCUCCUCCCCAAAAUAAAGGGCUGAAAAUUUAUAGAACAUACAGGCCACGAACCAGGAAAACUACCAGUUGGAGAAAGGGCUUUAUUCAUGGAAGAAAGGACACGAGUAACCUGCCUUGCCAGUCAGGACUUUAUUGUAUUAUUUGUGGAACUGAACUAUUACCUAAAGCAGAAGGAGGAGUUUUAAAAAAAGUUUUUUCCAAGAAUGCUAUGCUGAUAAAAAUCCAAAGAAUCUUCCUAAAUGUUAAAUUAAGUUGCACAGAAUCCCUUUGCCAUUGCUUAACUGAGUCCGAGUACAGUUCAGAAGAAGAAAAUUCAUUUUAUGUCACCGGGGACAGUGCUGCCCUUAACCAUUUAAAAACCACAUUAGUGGUUUAUCAGACUUCAGUAAAGAAUGAAGGCAUGGAGACAGGUUUAUCUUUAAAUGCCAUCUGGAAUACGAAAGAAUGUUCUUUAACCAGCUACUUACAGUGUAGAAAUUGUAUCAACCAGUCUCUACUCCCAUGUCCUUUAAUUGGUGCUGAAAUAAGUGACCCUAGAAAUAUUGCUGUAUCAAGGUAACAACCAUCACUUUCU